UAACGGUCGGGCACCAAUGUCUGCAACACCCGGUGUUUGAGUUGUGGGAUGGAGUUUCGUUGACAUACAGACAUUAACACUACGUGGAUUUUUUUAUUUAGCGUGUCUGUCUACUAACACGGCGAUAUCUGUCGGAAGAACUCACCCCAGCGAAAUGGCAGAUAAUAUUAUCAUCAGGAUACAGUCCCCAGAUGGGAUGAAGAAAAUUCCUUCAACCAAGAGGGAAACUGCUGCUGCUUUUCUGAAGAAGGUAGCCAAAGAGUUUGGGUUCAAUUCCAAUGGCUUUUCUGUUUAUCUGAACCGCAACAAGACCGGAGAGAUCCUUUCCCAGAACAAAACCCUCAGCCUGCUUAAGAUCAAGCAUGGCGACAUGCUCUUUCUGUUCCCUUCAGGAUCCUCCAGUUCCUCUGGAGAGGUGAUGGACACUGCCACCCCACACACAUCUUCAUCACUACCAUCCGUCUCAUCAUCAUCUUCAUCGUCCUCUAUGAUCCCUCGGUCCUCCUCAGCGCCCCAGGUCCAGGAGGAUGAGAUCGAUCAGUAUUUGACCAAGCAAGACGGCAAGAUCUACAGGAACAGAGAUCCACAGCUUUGUCGCCAUGGUGCCCUUGGAAAAUGUGUGCACUGUGUACCAUUAGAGCCUUUUGACGAAGACUACCUGAAUCACCUCGACCCUCCAGUGAAGCACAUGUCAUUCCACGCAUAUCUUCGCAAGCUGACCGGUGGAGCCGAUAAAGGGAAGUUUGCUGCUCUCGAGAACAUCAGCUGUAAGAUCAAGUCGGGCUGCGAGGGCCAUCCUCCCUGGCCAGAGGGGAUCUGCACCAAGUGCCAGCCCAGUGCUAUCACACUGAACAGACAGAAAUACAGACACGUGGAUAACAUCAUGUUUGAGAACCACACAAUUGCUGACCGCUUCCUGGACUUCUGGAGGAAGACGGGCAGUCAGAGGAUGGGGUACUUGUAUGGCAGGUACACAGAGCACAAAGAUAUCCCUCUAGGCAUCAGGGCUGAGGUGGCUGCCAUCUACGAACCCCCACAGAAUGCCACUCAGAACAGCCUGGAACUGUUGGAGGAUCCCAAAGCUGCAGCUGUGGACGAAAUUGCUGCCAAACUGGGACUUUGCAAGGUGGGCUGGAUCUUCACAGACCUGCUCUCUGAGGAUACGAGGAUAGGCACAGUCCGCUACUACAGGAACAAGGACUCGCACUACCUGAGCGCAGAGGAGUGCAUCACAGCAGGAUACUUCCAGAAUCAACAUUCAAACCCCUGCAGACUUUCUCGGGACGGACAUUUUGGCUCCAAAUUUGUGACCGUGGUGGCAACAGGUGGUCCAGACAACCAGGUGCACUUUGAAGGAUACCAGGUGUCCAAUCAGUGCAUGGCUCUGGUGAGAGAUGAGUGCCUACUGCCCUGCAAAGACGCUCCUGAGCUUGGCUACGCUAAAGAAUCCAGCCCUGAGCAGUACGUCCCCGACGUCUUCUUCAAGGACAAAGACAAAUUUGGAAAUGAUGUCACGUUUCUUGCUCGGCCUCUUCCUGUGGAGUACCUUAUUAUAGAUAUUACCACCACCUUUCCAAAGGAUCCUCAGUACACCUUCUGCUCCACACAACGCUUCCCCAUUGAGAACCGAGACAUCCUUGGAGAGACACAAGACUUCCACAGUUUAGCGACAUACCUGUCCCAGUGCACCUCAACGGCAUUCCUGGACAUCGUGUCAGACUUCCAUCUGCUCCUGUUCCUCGUCACCAAUGAAGUCAUGCCUCUGAGAGACAGUAUCGGGCUGCUGCUAGAUGCAGUAAAGACUUCAAAUGAGGAUCUGGCACAGACCUGGAAGAAGUCAGAGCAGUGGGCCACCAUCGAGCAGCUGUGCAGCACAGUGGGGGGGCAGCCCUCCAGCUCUCUGGGUUAUGGGGCCAUGGGUGGCCCCUCAGUCCCAGCUUCCUCCUCAGCCAUGUGGUCCUGCCUCCACUGCACCUUCAUGAACCAGCCUGGCACAGAGCACUGUGAAAUGUGCAGCCUGCCCCGCAGUUAAGACCCCCCCACCCUCCACCCCGCUUCCAUGCCCUGCCCUGAUCUUACACAGUCCCGCCCAGCCCUCCUCUUAACUCGCCAAUGAUAUCACUGCACCAGGACCAGCUGCGAGAUUUGGAUGCCCUGUUUGUUUUGUUUCGCCUCACGUUGAAGCCUCUGUCCUUCCCGUCUCACCGGCUGCUGUGACGUGCAGAGGGAUGCACUUGUUUACAUCGUAUUCAUUGAGUAAAUAAAGUAAAACCGGACUGUUUUAUUUUUGUAUCCCUCCUCACAGCGGCUCUGAGUGAGUGGCGGGGUACGUUUAAGUAAAGCACCUUUGGCUGAGGCGUUUUCCCUCAAUCCGUCGCUGCCCUGAAAUAAUCACCCGUGUGUGGCUCAUAUAAAUCCUGCUGUGACUCAGGACAACAGCAAAGACUUGAGUGUUUGGAUGUUCUCUCACAUCAGUGCCCCUCUCACUCUCACUACGUCUUCUGGAAAAUCUUGCUGUGUAUAAAUACAUUUGAGGAAUGAUACUGUUAUUUAAUUAAGCGUCUUUUUUUGUUUUGUUUUGGGGUUUGUUUUUUUUAUCAGAUUGUAGCGAUACUUUACAGUUUUGAAUCUUCAGCAUGGACUCUCCUCAGUCAGGUUUUUAUAGGUCUUGGUCUCUUUGACAAGCCCCUUAAAGUACAAUCAUUGGUCAGAAGCCAGACCGGAAACCGUUAAGAGCUCCAGAGUUGUUCUGCUUGAGUAUAGAGUUUUAUUUUCAGUAUUAAAUAACUUUGAAAAUGUUUGGAAACGAGACCCAGAUUUGAAAAAGCAGAUGCAAAAAGUUUGUCACCCAUAACACUCUCCACUGAUUGCAGGUUUAACAUGCUGUUGGAGAUGAUUAACUUUUGGACUGAUGUUCCAUCAACUUGAAGUGGUUCCUGAAGAUCUUACACUGGUUUGUUGAAAGUGUAGCUUUUGGAUUUGGUGGUUUGGACUUGAGCAGGCACAAUAUGUAGCUUAUUUUAUCAUCUGUUUGUUCUGUUUCUGAUAAAACGCCCCAGGACGCCGUCGUCAUGAUUACUGACUCGCACUGUACUAGUCGUGAGGUGCUUCUAGAAACAACUGGUGCUCACCACUUUCCUCUCCUUCAGUCACUCCCUAACUGUGGUUCUCUCUCACGUUUUCUUUUCUUGCUCCAGAGGAAUCAGACAAAUGUUCCCCUGCCGAUGGGCCCCCGUGGGUUUCCCCCCCCCAUCACUCAGCCUUCAAAGACUUAACUGCUCAAAGUGCAAGAGGUCGCAGGUCACCGAGAGGACCUGGUUCUGCCAAUAAUUAUUCUCUGUACUCUCAAGCAAAAACCCUGAGCUUCUUCCAGCAGGAGAGGAGGCGUGGGUGAUGUUCAGCAUGCAGGUUCAGAUUGAUUCUUUCCACUUUGCAGAGCUGCAGUUGUCAGGAGUGUAGAAGGCACUGAACCUGAAAAGCACUUAACUAAAGAGGCAAACAGGCCGAGUGAAGGGUCAGUUCACCGUCCAGCUGUUUAACCAUGUAGAGAGUUUGUCUCUGACAUUUCCAAAUGAGUCCAAUGGAGCUGAAUGAAAUUUCAUUUGUGAUGCUGACGGCAUUUAAAAAAUUCACUUUCCCACUGUCAGCAGGCAGACGAUCAGGGAUAGGCUUUCUGCAUGGACGGAUGCCACUCGUGCAAGAACGAACAUGUUUUGUUUUUUUUAAAAGAAUUUUGGUGAACUCACCCUUUAACAUACUACAGUCAGUGGUGGACAUAUUAGGAUAGUUGGAUAAAACUGGUUCCUCUCACUUUUUUCUUCUUCUCGAUUUUCUUUUCGAGAGACUAAUAUUGGGACCAAAACUUCAACAAGAUCAUUUAAGUCAUGAAAGUUCAGUUCUGGUUGCAAAUCGUUAACCUCUGGAAACUUCACCCGAAUGAUCGUAACGUUUCCCCGUUCAGCAAAAUCCGACCUCACUCACACUGUCCAUACGCAGCUGAGAGCAGGGACCUUUUCAAGCUAGUGUGGUUCCAGGAUGGAGGAUUUUGGUACGAUCACCUGUGGUCCAGAUGUAAAUACGUCCACAUAUUUGUUUAACAUUGUUUCAAAGACCAUAUGAAAAGCUGGUGUAGUUUUUCAGGUGAAGAGUAUUUGAGGUAUGUGACCAAAAUUACUUUGCAUGACUUGAAUGCCUUCUCAAUUUUUCUGGUGCUUAUAAAAAAUUAUCAAAUUACAAAUACAGCUGAUUUUUUUUAAAAACGAAUGACACUGAUGCAAAAACAGAAAGAAAACUGCACAUUUCCCAUAUUUGCAUCAUUUGAAGCCUCCUGAUGGAUCGAGAAUCUCUUUUCAUCCAGCUCCUCGAUAUGUUUGCUGCUGACUAACCGCUCUCUCAGACCUUCGAUCUCUUCUUUCAUGUUACGUCUGGGGUAUUUUGUUUUCUCCUCAUAGGGUUUGUGCACUGUUGCAUGAAGUGGUUUCAUGGGCGUUUUUGCUAAGAGGAGGAUUUAAAUGGAAAGAAAACUGAGCGAAUCACUAAAUACUGUCGACUCAAACUGGGACAGUUGACUGGGAAACGGGCCCCUUCAGUAAAGAGGGCGAGUCGUGGGCUGCAGAUUUAGCUAUUUAUGAGACGUGUGCUUCUUUGUAAGAGCUUGACAGUAAUUCCGUUGAUAAAGUGAGAAUAUAUUUUUAGUUGUAGAUUCAUUUGAAAAUGCUUGGAAAAAAAAGUGAAGGUUUCUUUUGCCUGGUGAUAUCAUUCUUGGCCCUCCACCCGUGUGAAUUCUCUGAGCGAUUUUUCUGAUGUCAUGCUAACGGACGGCAGUGACCUUUUCCUUUUGUAUUCAUCCAGGGGCCGUUUGCUGAGCAAGCACGCUCUUGGAGUUACUGCAGGUCCUCACUUUCCACUGAGCUAACUGAGGACCCUGAAAAUUGUAUGCUGUUCACCUGGAUUUGAAACUAAAUAAAUAAUAAAAAGAAGAAAGAAUUUUUUUU